AUGGUACAAGUAGGACAUCAUGCUUAUUCCUGCAAAGAAUGUGAUUUCCUUGGCCACAUUGAAUGCAUUUUGCGAAAGGAAGCACCUUCACCAAUGUACCUAAAAGCUCUCUAUUCAUGUGGCAAAGACGUCGCAAAAGGAACAAAUCAAGAAGUUAAUGAUAUUGGGUAUAUUCAUGUAUUGAGCCCGCGACACAUGGACAAUCAAGAAUGCACAAUUUGUCAUGAUAGAAUAUUUGCUACUCCAUGGAAAUGCGAGGCAUGUAAGUUCCAAGCACACGAAAACUGUGCGAAGCUGGCGCAACCAUCAAGGCAUCGACUUCAUUCGGACCAUGAUUUGACACUCUUGCCAAGUUAA